GUUUAAUUCUAAGCACCACAGAAUAUACUGAGAGGGAAAAGAAUAAGAAGAAGUAAUAACAGCUCAUUUCCGGUGUCUCAAUCGUCGAGGAUCGAUUGGUUUUCUCUUGAGGGAUGAAAGUAAAAGCCCCAUCAGUCAGAAAGGCUGGACUUUUUCCCCAGUAAAGAACCACGCAGGAUAAAAGGGCUGGAAACUUGGCGCUCCAUCACUCGCGUCUUUUACGCGCGUCCUCCGGGGUUCAGCGUUUCUCCUUCACUCGCUUGAGUUUGUCAGCAAUCAUGGACCUUAGAGGAGAAACCGAUGAUGACAAUGUGGACUGUGAGCGACCGGCGCCUAUUGAGGUUUUCGCGAGCAGGUCCACGCUUCACGGCAUCGCCCACAUGUUCACUUAUGAGCGCCUGUGCGUGAGACGCUGCCUGUGGAUUAUCUUCUUCGCCGGUUCGCUCUCCUUCCUCGUGUUCGUGUGCGCGGACCGCGUGCGCUUCUACCUGCAGUACCCACACGUGACCAAGCUGGACGAGAUCUCGACCCCGAUGAUGACUUUCCCUGCUGUGACCUUCUGCAACCUCAACUCCUUCCGCUUCAGCCGCGUCACGCGUAAUGACCUGUACCAUGCGGGAGAGCUGCUCGCGCUGCUCAAUGGCAGAUAUGAGAUUCGGGACACUCACCUGGUAGAGGAGAGCGUUCUGGAGACCCUGAAAGUCAAGGCUGAUUUUCUGACCUUCAAACCACGCCCUUUCAACAUGCGCGAGUUCUACGAUCGAACCGGCCACGACAUCAAGGACAUGCUGCUCUCCUGCUACUACCGUGGGGACAAGUGCAGCGCUGAGGACUUUAAAGUGAUUUUCACUCGAUACGGCAAAUGCUACACGUUCAACUCUGGUCAGGAUGGACAGCCACUCCGCAUCACCACGAAAGGGGGUAUGGGCAACGGCCUGGAACUAAUGCUGGACAUUCAACAGGAUGAGUACCUGCCAGUGUGGGGAGAGACAGAUGAGACGUCUUUUGAAGCCGGCAUCAAAGUGCAGAUCCAUACUCAGGACGAGCCGCCGUUCAUCGAUCAGCUGGGAUUCGGAGUGGCGCCAGGCUUUCAGACUUUUGUGUCCUGCCAGGAGCAGAGGUUGACCUACCUGCCCCCUCCAUGGGGUGACUGCAGGACCGAACCCAUCGACUCCGACUUCUUUACCACCUACACCAUCACAGCAUGCCGCAUCGACUGUGAGACACGGUACCUGGUAGAGAACUGUAACUGUCGCAUGGUGCACAUGCCAGGAGAUGCUCCAUACUGCACGCCAGAACAGUAUAAAGAGUGUGCAGAUCCAGCUUUGGAUUUCCUCGUGGAGAGAGACAAUGAUUACUGUGUGUGUGAGACACCCUGCAACAUGACACGCUUUGGAAAAGAGUUGUCCUUUGUCAAGAUCCCUAGCAAGGCCUCAGCUAAAUACCUGGCCAAGAAGUUCAACAAGACAGAGCAGUACAUUGCGGAUAACAUUUUGGUUCUGGAUAUCUUCUUCGAGGCUUUGAACUAUGAGACUAUUGAGCAGAAAAAGGCCUAUGAGCUGCCUGGGUUACUGGGUGAUAUCGGUGGUCAGAUGGGUCUUUUUAUUGGAGCCAGUAUUCUGACCAUUUUGGAGCUCUUUGACUAUCUUUAUGAGGUGAUCAAGUACAAGCUGUGCCGUUGCAGGAAGAAGAACCACAAACGCAGCAACAACAACGACCGAGGAGCCGUUCUGAGCCUGGACAACGUGCAGUGCCAUCCUCCAUGUGAAAACCUUCGCACUCCAUCUACAUAUUCGGCUAACAUCCUACCUCACCAUCCAGGGCAGGGUAACUUCGAGGACUUCACCUGCUGAGUGAAUGAGUGAGUGAGAGAGGAGCUGUUCGAGUUGGACUCCAGCUCGCAGUGUACAACCAAAGCCGACUGACUCCAUCCUCGCUAACACCCACCCAUCCCGGACGACACAGAGUUGAUUUUGGCUGGAUGUUUUAACACACCGCAUUGUGUCAUGUAAAAUAAUCAAAACAUUGAAACCACGAAAUACUGUAGUACUGUUCCACAACACAACCAUGUGUGUACUUUUAAAGGAUUUUGGAACACUGCCUCGAACGGGAACUCCUUGACUAAGCCUUUGAGACAUGGAACAUCACAGCUCAAACGGACAGGCUUCCUGUGGGCGGAGUCCCCUGCCUUUUCUGUAUAUAACACCAUCUUAACUGAGUGGCUUAAUUAGAUUGUUAGAAAUAAUAUAGUGCUUAAUCAAUGUAGCAGCAUUCGUGGUGACUGAUGGACUCCAGUGACGUGCCACUCACGAUCAGUGUGUCUCAUUUAAGAAUGUAUUUUUCCUACUGACAGGAAAUUAUCAACUGUUCGUGGUGAAGAAAGUUCAGCAGUCUGUUGUUCCAUCCAGCUCUCAUCUUGUGACUGCAUGCUUGUGUUUGUCUUCCUGUGCAUGUUUUUUAGUUUUUUUUCAGUAACCAUUAUUAUUGCCAAGUUUGCCUCAAUUAUAUACGUGUGUGUGUGUGUGUGUGUGUGUGUGAGAACCCUACAAUUGUCUGAACAUUUGAUUCGAUUUAUCAUCAUGUGUGUCAUGACAUGAUCAGUCAAUCUGUAUGUAUGUGUGUCUGUCAGUGUGUGUUUGAUAUGAUAUGUGUAUGCUUGACAUGAAAAGUCUGUGUGUUGAUAUUUGGGUAUAUAUGAUAUUUGUAUGAGUAUGAAAUGACCCAUUAUUGUGUGUGUGUGAGAGAGAGAUUUGCCGCUUUUCAAUGAAUUAUUCUCUUCUGUGAGUUUAUUAUAAUUUCUCUGAACUGUCACUGUUUCAAAUAUCAUAUCGAAGCACAAGACCACCAUUAUGUAAAAGAUGAUAAAAAUGGAGGCGGGUUCAUGUUAUUUCAAAGACUAUGACCAUCACGAUAAUUGAAUCGUUACAACUCUAUUAUUCCGAUUUUUGUUUUUCUACAAAAAAAAAGGUAGACAUGUUGCCUGAUAGUCCAGUCACCAUCUUUACAGAUACUAGACUGUUCUAUUUAUCUAUGAAGGUAUAAUAAAAUAUCAUUGA